GAUGACGUUCCAUUUGACGCCAGACCCUGUUAAUCGAGCGUGAGCGCGCUUGUGAUGUCUGUCCCUGGUCUUCUGUACUUCUAAUACACUAGGGCCAAGCUUCAAGCCUCAAAAUGUUUUUGUCUUCUGCUGUUCGCUCUGCUGUCACGCAGGCGGCCAGGCAGGUCAGGGGUCUGCAUCGAUCUGCUGCACGAGCUGGAGCUGGUGGCAUCUUUGUGCACAGAGACACUCCUGAGAACAACGCUGACACUCCUUUUGAGUUCACUGAGCAGAACAAAAAGAGAAUUGAGGCGAUCAUUUCAAUGUACCCUGAAGGACACAAGCAGGCAGCCACCAUCCCAGUCUUGGAUUUGGCCCAGAGGCAGCAUGGAUGGCUCCCUAUCUCCGCCAUGAACAAGGUUGCUGAGGUGCUGGGUGUCGCUCCAAUGAGAGUUUAUGAAGUAGCGACUUUUUAUACAAUGUUUCUGCGACAGCCUGUGGGAAAAUACUUCAUUCAGAUCUGCACAACAACACCGUGCAUGCUCUGCAACUCAGACAGUAUCCUGGAAGCCAUCCAAAACAAACUGGGUAUCAAGGUUGGAGAAACUACUCCAGACAAGUUGUUCACUCUAUUAGAAGUGGAAUGCCUGGGUGCCUGUGUGAAUGCUCCAAUGGUCCAGAUCAAUGACAACUAUUAUGAGGACCUUACACCCAGUGAUAUUGAGCAUAUUAUUGAUGAACUCAAGGCAGGCAGAGUCCCUCCACCAGGACCCAGGAAUGGGCGUUUUUCCUGUGAGCCUGCAGGCGGAUUGACUUCCCUGACAGAGCCUCCUAAAGGACCAGGAUUUGGUGUAAGACCAGACCUGUAGGCAUUGUCAAGCCACUCAUCUAUGUGCUUUGAAAGGAAGUUGUCCUUGAAGCUGUAAUGUUUAAACUGAAACAUAUUGUAAAUAAAAUUCUCCUGUACCCAUUGUC